CUGUUUCGAGGUGGGAGCAAGAGAUUGUACUUCUAGGUAACUUUAACUUAGUUUGUUUUUAAACUUCAACACUUUGCCUGAUCCACUUACUACAGGUGACUACCUGGUCCAUUUUUCAUUUUUUUUAUCUUUAAUUUUGAUACUUUACCGGUCAAUAAUCUCAGUGCAUUUCUCUUUCUGCAACUUCCUGACACUCCGCUCACAACUUGUGUAACACUGUAACAGUUAAUUUAUAUAUAUAUAUAUAGAUAAUUUAUAUUAAAGGCCGACAAGAUGGAGGAAGAGAUGGAGCUGAGUCCAAUACAAAAGUUCUACAGUGGGAAAACAAUUUUCGUGACAGGCGCCUCGGGGUUCAUGGGCAAGGUACUGUUGGAAAAAUUACUGUACCGAUGUAGCGACUUGACCCGGAUUUAUAUUCUGCUGAGAGCCAAGCGAGGACGAUCACCGGAAAUGAGACUUGAUGAUAUGUUAAAGUUGCCGGUAUUUGAAAGAAUCCGGACGAAUAAACCUCACGUGCUAAGCAAAAUAAAAGUACUACCUGGUGACAUUGUUGAAAAAAACUUCGGAUUGAAUGAAUCCCAGCAAAAUCUUCUAAUUAACGAAGUUGAUAUAAUCUUCCACUUUGCGGCAACAUUGAAAUUAGAAGCAAAGCUAAAAGACGCAAUUGAAAUGAACGCGAUCGGUACAGCUGCGGUUUUGGAACUCGCUAAAAAGAUUAAAAAAUUAAAGGCCUUUGUUCAUCUGAGCACCGCUUUUUGUCAUGUUGAUCAAGAAGAACUGGGCGAGUGUGUUUAUGAUUCUCCGGAAAAUCCAAAUGAGGUUAUGCGGAUGACUCAAUGGCUGAAGCCUGAAGCUCUGGAACUUUUAACUCCCAAAUUAUUGGAACCACAUCCUAAUACUUACACGUACUCAAAACGGCUGGCCGAAACCCUUGUAGCGAACGAAUAUCCCAAUUUGCCUUGUGUCAUAGCUCGGCCCUCUAUCGUGACUCCGUCGUGGGAAGAACCGGUUCCAGGAUGGGUAGACAGUUUAAACGGCCCGGUAGGUAUAAUUGUGGGCGCUGGAAAAGGAGUUAUUCGUUCGGUUCAUUGCAAUGGACACUACCAUGCCCAAUUAAUUCCUGUAGAUUUGGCGAUCAACGCUUUAAUCGCUAUCGGUCAUACAAUUGGUGCCACUGAACAAAGACCAAAAAAUAUUCCAGUUUACAAUAUUACCCAGAGCGGAGUCCGGCCAAUAAGUUGGGCUGAUGUUGUUCAAAAAGGAAAAACAAUUGCCUACAAUUAUCCGUUUGAAGCCGGAAUUUGGUAUCCUGAUGGCGAUAUUAGGAGCAGCAAGUUUAUCCAUAACCUUUUUGUUUUAUUUUUUCAUAUUUUGCCGGCAUAUUUAAUCGAUUUCUUAUUGUUAAUUUUCCGGCAGAAACGUUUCAUGGUACACAUUCAAAAGCGUAUAAGUGAUGGAUUAGAAGUCCUUCAGUACUUUACCACUCGCGAGUGGUCCUUCCGAAACGAGCAGUUGAUAAAACUAUGGCAAGAAAUGCAUCCAUUGGAUAAAAAAUUGUUCUCCAUAGAUUUCUUCGCCGUGGAAGAAGCUGAGUACAUAAAAAACAUUAUUUUGGGCGCGAGGGUCUACUGCAUGAAAGAAAAACUAGAAACUUUACCUCGCGCUCGCUUCCAUCUUAAAAUACAGUACGUGGUGCAUCUAUUAGCAGUAUACGGAUUUUAUUUUGGUGUGGCUUGGCUAAUUGUAAAGAAUUUUGAGUCGGCUCGUCUUUGCCUCGAUUUUGUAACCGAAAAAAUGAAGUUAUUGCCAAUAAUUGGCCGGUUUGUUGAAAAGAUAGCUCCGGUUCUUAACAAGUAAAUUAGCGGUGUAAUUUACAUUUAAAUAAAACACAGAGUUUUAUUCAUAAAAUAAAAUAAUUUUUUAUGUAUUGGGAACACAGAGAUAUUAUCUUGAAUAUUAAUUUUAUCAGAAACCAAGAAACCGACAUAAGCUUUAAAGUAACAGUUAUUUCGAAAUAAGUU